AUGGCUUGGGAAGAGAAAGAGAUGGAUGGAUGGACAAUGAGGUGUCUAUGGACUAGAGUAAUGCAGUGGGUUCGAAUGCAGCCUUAUACAGCAACCCACUGGGACCAAAUGCAACAAUGGUUCAUCCAGAUGGCGAAAGGGAAAUCGACAAAGGCUCAGGUGCUUUGUGUGCUCUUGGAUCUUGAAAUCGUAAAGGUGUCACAUAAAUUGGGAGAGAGGGAGCAAUGUAUUAGGUCACUGAAGGCUACUGUGCUUGAUGCCAAUCUGAAUAUUGUGGUUGCAAAAUUGAUUAAUUUCGAUUCUGAGUUAUCUCAUUACAAAACUGAAGGUGGCGUUUAUCGCGACCCGUUAGUAAAUGGAAGAAUUGUUUCACCCACAUUAAUGUGGGUAGAGGCAUUUGAAUUGAUUCUUCAAAGACUCGAAAAAUCAUCAAAAUUGGAUUUUGGGAAAAUUGCUGAUGUUUCUGUUAGUGGACAGCAACAUGGUAGUGUAUAUUGGAAAAAAGGCAGUGCUUCAAUAUUAUCGUCUCUAGACUCUAAGAAAUCAUUGGUAGAGCAACUAAAUAAUGCUUUUUCGACAAAAGAAUCUCCAAUAUGGAUGGACAACAGCACGACAGAACAAUGCAAGGCGAUAGAAAAAGUUGUUGGAGGGGCAAUGGAGUUGUCUAGACUUAUCGGUUCUCGUGCAUACGAGAGAUUUACUGGUCCGCAGAUCCGUAGAUUUUUUGAGACACAACCAGAAGUUUAUAAUAAUACUGAGAGGAUCUCCCUUGUUAGCUCCUUUAUGGCGUCUUUGCUUAUUGGGGGCUAUGCUAGCAUUGAUCAUACUGACGGUGCAGGGAUGAAUUUGAUGGACAUUAAGCAGAGAGCGUGGUCCGAAAUCAUUUUAAAGGUAAUAGCACUUCUUGGUGAAUGUUAUGUGUUUUUGAAGAAAUUAGCCACAACUCCUGGUUUGGAGGAAAAGCUUGGAAAACUAGCUCCUACACAUCCUAUUGCUGGACCUAUUGCUUCCUAUUUUGUGGAGAGGAGAAGAGAGAUAGCAUCCCGACUGGCUAGCGAUGAGGAGAAAAGAAUCCCAAUGUAUGUUCAAAUUCUGGAUCCACAUCUGUGCAUUCAAUUCAAUGUCUCUAUUGGCCUCUUCUCUGUUCUUGCUGGUGAAGUGGUUAGAGAAGCACUUUGA